AGCUGACAGGGAGAGAGAGAGAGUGAGAGAGAUUUUAUCAACUAGUUGUUUCGCAAACCAUGCAUAUCUUUAAGCUGACGGAGGCACUUCAGCGAGUCUGAACGAGCCCUGCAGACUGACACCAAUAUGAGUAAAACAUUUCUCCACUUUGACAGCGAAGAAACACGUCACCACGCGCUCCAGAGCGCCGGUGUGCCCGUCUCCAGCGCGGACCUCCAGCUUAAACUGACGGAAAACAAGAGCGGCCUGGGGAUGGAGAACGGCACUGGGAAGAAACUCAUAGAGAUAAAUGGACCGGCUUUAUCCAAAAGAAAACUUCUGGUCGGCUUAGACCUGCUCUGCCUCUUUCUUGUUUCCAUCCCUUUAUUUGCAUGUGAGCUAAAAAUACUGAGUCCUUACAGAAGAGGCUUCAUUUGUGGUGACCCCAGCAUCACGUAUCCUUACCUGCACAGAGAAGCCAUACCAGAUGAAUUGCUCAUCACAGGUGGCAUCAUCAUCACCGGCCUCACUAUUGCUCUCGGGGAGUGUUAUCGGGUGCGUUUCCACGGUGUCAGCUCGAAGGCCUUUGUGAGGAACGUAUACGUUUCGUGCCUGUACAAGGAGCUGGGGUGCUUCCUGUUUGGAUGUUUUGUCUGCCAAUCACUGACCAACAUGGCCAAGCUCAGCGUGGGACGGCUGCGACCGCACUUCCUGUCAGUGUGCGGCAUUACCUAUGCAUCACUCAACUGCACACCUGGGACCUACAUUGAAACAGUGACUUGUCGCCAGCCUGACCAAAAGUUAGAGGAGGAAGCCAGAAAGUCCUUUUUCUCGGGCCAUGCUUCUUUUGCAAUGUACACAAUGCUCUAUUUAGCUUUUUACCUGCAGGCACGGCUGACGUGGCGUGGAGCUCGGCUGCUGAGACCCGUGCUGCAGUUUUUCUUGAUUAUGUUGGCAAUCUACACAGGCCUGACCCGUAUCUCAGACUACAGGCACCACCCGUCUGAUGUACUAACAGGCUACAUACAGGGAGCUCUCACUGCCUACUGGGUGGCCUUCCACAUCUCGGCUAUGUUUAAAAGCUCCAGUUCAGUUCUCUCUCCGACCGAGACCCCUGACAGCCCCCUGUCACCCCACCAUACUGUUUGCUAAACCUCAUUCCCACUUACCGCUGCAUCUGCCUGCAUCCACCUGCUGCCUGAAGACUGAUUUGGACAGACAAGAGAUCUGAAGAAUGCAAGACCAUUUCCUGUGAAAUCAAACUACAAACCUCAGUAUUCUGACAGAGUGAGGGGAGAAAAGGAAAGCAGACCUUAUGAAAUACUGUCAAAGCAAGUACUCUAUGAACUAAGAGACAGGAAGAGAGAAGGAGUCUAAAACUAUGCAAGUUCCUCUGUCUUUGUUGUGUGUCGAGUAAGCACUCAACAUUUUGUCCUUGAAACUGACAUUAGCUUCACAUGUAACACUUACCUGUGAGAUGAGACUACAAACAAGACUGAACGCAGAAGAACCACUAUCACGCCACAUGUCACUUGUAAAUAUAUAGUUUUUUUACAAUUCAAAAACUGUAAAAGCACUUUUUUUUAAUCUCCAUGAUAGUGUUAAUAAUCUACAAUCUACACUCUACAAUGACUUAGUAUGUAGCAUGUAAAAUAUUUCAUACAAAAGUUAAUUAUUUUGUGUAGUUUAUUUAUCCACCCACUGAAUGUUGUUGAAGGAAAGCACAAAUAGCAAAAAAGCAACUCAUUUAAAAGGUUUGCAUCAGGUGAUUUCAUUGGAUGCAUCCGUCCAUCUCUGUGUUAUGUAAGUGAGAGGACUCCUAACAGGAUCUUUGUUUAUGGAAAAGGAUGGAUGCCACUAGUUCUCAGACUUUAUAAAGUUAUGAAUGCUUGUAGAUAACUUACCAGUCCAUGAGAGCACAGAUCAUUAAAAAUAAAAGCAAUUGUUUUUUUUUA